UAAGACCGAUGUCUGUUGCUGGUGGUUUGCUCGUUUUCUUUUGAAAACCCCCCAUCUUUUUCUUUUUCCAGGACACAGAAACCUACAGAGAGGGCUUCUUGCAAAUCAUGGACCCAUCUGUGGGUGGGUGGGGUGGCGGAGGAGGAGGAAAACAAACGCGCAUACAUACAUGAUACAUCUCCGGAUCCUCACUCUCUAGUUUUGUCGGUGAGCACGCUUGCGACGACCAAAUUCCAACAGUCAGCCGUUUAACUUAAUCUGAUGAUUUAUUGCAUCGAUUACACUCUGGAGAACUUCCUAUUCCGCUCCAAUGGAUAGGAUCUGUCACGGUAGGGCGACGUUCCUCCAUGUCGGUGAAGAUGAACCACCAGUGGUCGGACAAUAUUUUGCCAUUCUUCAUCGGGAAAAUCACUCGGGUUUCUUCUCUGUGUUUGUCCGCUCUUUCUCCCUCGGAAUUGAAAGCUUUCAAUCCCGGUAGUUUUCUUUUCCUGCCUUUAGAUGCAGGUAGUUCACGGCUCACCGCUGGCUACUCCGUGGUUAGCCAUCAUCACUGCGGAAGGGCAAAAGUCUUUCGUUCGGGCUUUCGGUGUCCAAUGCGAACAAUCCCAUGGAGGUUCCCGAGACACCGGAUGAAAGAGACUUGCUCCCUCCUACCUACCGGUAAGGAUAUUUCUGGUCUAGCCAAUCCCGACGGGAGGUGUCGUUUGGGGGUUUCGAGGUGGAGAAUUUUUGGGAAGCGUAGGUACAGUACUCGCUUCCUCCGUACGAAGACUCGUCGCCCCCUCCUCUUCUUCUGCUGCUGCUGCUGCUGCUGCUGCUGCUGCAGUUGUGACAGUAAGAGCUGUCUGUGAAACGGGACAAUGUGUUCCAGCGGGGCUAUGUACAUGUACAUGCACAGUUCUGCCAAGUAAAGUCACUCCGUAGCCUACCUUCUCCAGACUAAUCCCAUAGCUAUCCCACACCAACGAGCAUGGUUACC